AUGUCAGGCCUAGAGGUGAUCGGCAGCAUCUCUGCGGUCAUUACUCUCCUUGAGGCCUCGAUCAAAAUCUAUGACAGCGCCCAGAAUGACAUCAAGUUAACUAAGACAUUCAAGGUCGUUGGACGCCGACUGCCCGUCAUACUCCAUAUUCUUCAGAAAUGCAAGAAAGACCUUGAACCUGGUAACGACUCAAUGCCUCCAGAUGUUUGCAAUGCUUUAGAUGAUAUCCUUGCUGCGUGCGACGAAAAGGCAAAGAAAUUGAGAGAAAUAUUCGAAAAGGUCAUCCCUGGUGAGAAGGAUGCGUGGGAUAAACGAUACGCAAAGGUGUUUCGGAGAGUUGGAAAAGGAAAUGAAGUUGAAGAGCUCAUGUCUACGCUGACUGAAGACGUUCAGCUCAUUGUGAAUAACCACGCGCUAACAUUGUUCAUGGUUACCCCAGAGAAGAAAGAAGACUUUAGCUUCCAUGGACCACUUGGUGCCUGCCUUGGUCAGGCGCCUUACAUCACAGCUGAGCACUUCGUCGGUCGUCGCCACGAGCUUGAUGAGAUUGCAAAGGUCCUAAGCCCCAAAUACAAGCCUCAAAAGCAACAGCGAGUAAUCCUCGGUGGUAUGGGUGGCGUCGGCAAGACCCAGCUUGCUAUCGCGUACGCAGAGUCGCGCCCUGGAUCUUAUAGCUCGGUGUUUUGGCUGGAUGCAGCAUCUGAGGCCGCUUUGAAAGACAGUUUUCGAUCGCUCGCUAACUUCAUCUUCGACAUCCGAAAUCUCGACGUGCUGGAAGAUAAAGAGAUCGUGAGACGUAUACAUAAAUGGCUAUCUGAUCCGAACAAUACUGGAUGGUUGUUGAUCUUUGACAACUAUGAUGAACCCAGCCUGUUCGAAAUUGAGAAGUAUUAUCCCCCUACUUCUCAUGGAGCUAUUGUGGUCACUACCCGGCGGCCGGAUAUUGUUGCUGGGAGUACCCUGCAUAUAAAGCCUUUUCAAAAGAUCGAGGACAGUCUCGCAAUCUUACAAACCCGAUCGAAGCGGGAGAAUGUUCAACUCGAUCCUCACGCAAAACGCCUUGCAGAGCGCCUUGCAGGCCUUCCAUUGGCUUUAGCAACCGUUGGGACUUUUCUUCGGCGAAGCACCUUUACUUUCGAGCGCUAUCUGCAAGAGUACGAGAAUGACUGGAAUGUUGACCCCCACCGGCCCAUUAAGCUCCAGGACUACCAAGAGCGAACACUCUACACAACCUGGAAUUUAUCAUACGCUCGCCUGAAAAUUGACGACCCAGACGCGGCAAAAUUACCAAAACUACUGGCCUAUUUUGGUAACCAGAGCUUUUGGUACGAGCUUUUUCAUGCAGGAAUCACCGCCACUUCUCCUGAGUGGCUUCGUGAACUAGUAACAGACUACACUGAUUUCGAUGGAGCGAUGAGAAUCCUGACCGAAUACGAUUUUCUGGAUUUUCACCAAACGUUAGGAUCAUGGAACAUGCAUAACUGUGUGCACGACUGGACACUAGCGGCACUUAAUGAGGAAAUUGAUACAGAGAAUUACUGGUAUGCAUUUGACUGCGUUGAUGCGGUUAUCAACGGGGCAUCCAGAGAUGCCCUAAGGCAUACUUCAUACUCUCGAUUGGCCAGACAUGCAGCACAACUAGUGCAGCAGCGCUUCCUUCAAUGCGAUAUCAUUUCUACUUCCGCGCCCGAUCAGUUUGAGAAGGUGUCACGUGUCUCGAGACUGCUUCAAGAACAGUUCCAGCUUGUUUCUGCGAAGCAAAUCCUAUAUAAGAGACUAGGCGAGCUGAAUAAGGCCGAGCAGAUGUAUACACGAGCGCUCACUGGCAGGAAGAAAGCUUUAGGAACGGACGAUCUAUUUACUCUCGGUGUCACCAGUGAUCUAGGGGCCCUAUACCGGUAUCAAGGCAAGCUAGACAUGGCAGAGCAGAUGUAUACACACACGCUGGAUGGGAUGGAGAACAUGCUGGAACUCGACAACCAAUUAUUAUUCUCGACUCUCAGCGAACUGGCGGUCUUAUAUCGUGACCAAGACAGGCUGGAUAAGGCAGAACAGACGUAUAUACGGGCGCUAGCUGGGAUGGAGAGCGUGCUGGAGCCAGACAGCCAAUUGGUAUUCGUGACUCUUAACAAUUUUGGGGCGCUAUAUUACCGUCAGGACAAGCUGGAUGAGGCAGAGCAGACGUAUGUGCGGGCACUAGCUGGGAUGGAGAAAAUGUUAGGACCAGAUCAUAUAUUCACCCUCACCACUGUCAGCAAUCUAGGGAUAGUAUAUCAGCGCCAACACAAGCUAGAUAAGGCAGAGGAGAUGCAUAUGCGAGCGCUAGUGGGCAGGGAGAAAACACUGGGACGGGACGACAUAACAACUCUCAACACUGUUAAUAAUCUUGGGGACAUAUGGCGUGACCAAGGUAAGCUGAACAAGUCAGAGCAAAUGUAUCUACGGGCGAGACAGGGGAACGAGCAUUAG